CAAGCCAAUUAUUCCGUGGUAUUCAGUAUAGUGAUAAGUGGCAAAGGUUCUGUGAAGUAUGGCAGGCACAGAGGCAAGGCAUCCCGUGCCACUUAAUAAAUAAAUAAAAAAAAACAAUUGUUAUAAUUAUUGUGAACGUAAAAGUAAAUGGUGUUUAAAUUUUCUUUGAUAAUUUGUUUGAUCAUAGAAUAUUUUUACGUAUAUGAUAAGUAUGUAUUAAAUACAAAAAAUUACAAUUUUUGUCGUGCAAAUAAAACAUGAAACUCAUGAUUUCUUGAAUAAAUUCUGUCGAUAAUACAUGUACAAGAAUAUUGAAUUUUAUGAAAGAUUAGGAACUUCCAUAAUUUUUAUUGAACCGACCAAACUUAGAUAUAUCGGUAGAUGUAACUGAAGAGACACUCAUAGAAAAUAGAAAUGGCUGGCCCUAUGGAUAGAAUACAAGUUUUAGAUGAUAUCGAAAAAGAUAUAAUUACUUGCUUACAAUGUGCAGCACAAGCCCUGCUUGAAUUAGGAAAAGAGAAAUCCAGCCAAAAACAAGCAGAAAGUAAUACAUCACAGUUUCUGAGAACACUGAAUCAAGUGGAGUCUAAAUUAAGUGAUCAAAUUAAUUAUCUUACACAAGUAUCUACUGGGCAACCUCAUGAAGGUUCAGGAUAUGCAUCACAGAAAGUUUUGCAAAUGGCUUGGCAUCGGUUGGAACAUGUACGGUCAUGGGUCAAUGAGUUGGAGAGACUUAAAGCCUCUCACUUAGCAACAGCAAACAGAUCAAUUACAGGUGUUCCGAAUGGAAAUAUGACUUCAUCUGGAACUAGCACUUAAAAUGCUAUUUUAUUGUGAAGUUUUAUAAAUAAUGUAUUAUUUACUUAUUGUAAUAAGUGCAAUUCAGAAUUGUCUAAACAUUAUUCACUCACUAUUACAGAAAUUUGUCAAAUUGAGUUCACCUAUGAUGUAUGCUUAUCUCCCAUAUAUUAUUGGGCCUAGAUUUUGAUAAACAGUUUCAAUGUCCAAAUAAGUGUCACUUGUUAAAUAAAAUUAUCAGUUUCAUACAUAUUUUAAUUUUAAUGUUAGUUGCAAAAUAUGUAAUGAUAAUAUGAUAUACUAUUCCAA